AUGUUCUCAGGUAUUGCUAGAAGCGUCGCUUUGAGAAGCAGCAGAGUGGGAAUUCCCAGAGCUGCAGUCACUCCAAUCACACUCAGUCACACGCACAGAUAUGCUUCAGGCUUCGGAUCGAGCGAACAAGCGCAACUCCUUGAAAAACUCUCGAAAGCACCUAAAGCCAUUGAAAUUAUCAAGCAACUCAGCCAGGUUAUGCACGAUAAGGGCGUUGAACCUGGCUCCAACCCAUCAGCAUCCACACUCUGGUCACUCGCGAGCGAUGAAAAAGUAAAGGAAUUAUCUCAAGAGCUGAAUAACGAGUUGAAAGAGGCUGGUAUCGAUGCCAAGGAGAUGGUCGGUGAUAUUAUGCCAGGCAGCGACGGUGAGAACGGCGACAAGGGCAGUGAGAAUGUUAAGUAG